AUGAUGAUCACAGCAGUAAUCCUUUGGUUCAACGCAUUUGGGACAGUACCAGAACAGACACCUGCAGGAUUCCGGGACAGUUCCUAUCCCCCACCACAUUGUGCCUUGUCAAAGGUUGAUCUCAUCAUCAUCCUAGACGCCUCCGGCAGUGUAGGAAAAGAAAACUACGAUAAAAUGCUGGCUUUCUGUAAAGAUUUCUUGAGGAACGCCGAAAUUGAUUCCGGUAACGUACGCGUGGGUGCCUUGAUCUAUAGUUCCAGGGUAGAAGUUCAGUUCAAUCUUAGUUCAUAUUCAACUAGAACGGAAGUGAACCAGGCUAUCGAUGAGAUCCCCUACAUUUCCGGGAGUACCAAUACGGCUGACGCACUGAUGACGAUGAGGAACAUGUUCAACCCCAACGACGGGGAUCGUGAUGGUGUUCCGAACAUCUGUAUCAUCUUAACAGACGGUGAAUCCAGCAUCAAUUCCCAGAGAACCGUCCCGGAAGCCGACAAGGCAAGAGAUGAAGAGAUCCACAUCUACGCUAUAGGUAUCGGUCUGAGGGAUACCAAAGAGUUAGACGGAAUCGCCAACAAACCAGCAUCGGAUAACAGCUUCAACGUGCAGACCUUUGAAGAGCUCAAUGCUCUCAGUGACCAGGUCUUCUCAUCUCUCUGUCCAGUAAACUGUGUAAUGAGUUGCACAGGGGGUACAACGACAACAUAUGCUGCCAUGGGCGGUUGUGUGAAGUUCCGUGUGUCUAACUGGGACGAGUACCGGUGUACUGCUGAACAGCCUGACGAAGGUCAAGGUCAUCUACCGUGA